AUGCGGAGAAAACCGCAGACACACCCAUUGCUACCUGUACCCAAUGCGAAGAAGAAGCCAAUCCCGACGCCGGAGAACCACCCGCUCUGGCAAUUCUUUCGUCCAGACAAGCAGACCAUGACGUCGCCUGCAGAAGAUGCCAAGCAUGGUCGCAGCUGGACCGCACAAGAGUUGCGUCGCAAAUCCUUUGACGAUUUACAUGCUCUAUGGAUCAUCUGCUUGAAGGAGCGUAACAUAAUGGCGACGCAGAGACAUGAACGGAAGCGUCAACAGCUGCCAAAGGCUGGUGCAAAGGAAGCGUCCAAUAGAGAUUGGACAGUAAGGCGGACGAUGGCCGGCAUCAAAUUUGUGCUGAAUGAACGCUUCAUCGGCUGGACAGAAGCGGUCGAGCUGGCGAAGGCAGAAGGGCUCAUCGAAGCUCCACCUCAAGAACAGCUCGAGACGCCAGCUAUACAGGAGAAGGCAUAUGAUGCUGUAUUGCAAGACUCGGUUACCCCUGCCAGAGAAGAGCGCGUCUCAGCAUAG